GCGGGAUGCUAUGAUAGCAAAUAAAAUAUUCAGUUAGUAACACAGCUCAGCAGUGCUAUAAACAGACAUACUGUGCUGUGGUGUAUUUUUAUCACGCCGUUAAGUUCAACUGGAGCCUUGAUCAACACAUCAAGGGGGGAUGACUAUUUGGACCAGCCUCCUAUUGCACCAGAUGUCCCUGGGAGAAUCAGAGGUGAGAGAGCUGCUGCUGAAGAUAGAGCAGAGUGAGCAUUUUGGUUGCCAGGAUGGCCAGGUGGAGUGUGUGGCGCAGGUCUGUAAUGUUACCCCUGUCCUGGACAGAGGAGCUGACAACAUCAAGAAUGCGCUACAGCAGCAGUAUGCCAGUGGUCAGACAGGCACACACAGAAAGCACCAGCAUUGUUAGGCCUUUCAGUGAGAUUCCUGGGCUGUGGAAGAAUGGGGUGGCCAACUUGUACAAUUUCUGGAAACUGGAUGGCUUCAGAAAUCUUCACCGCAUCAUGUUGCAGAACUUCAACACUUUUGGACCCAUUUACAGAGAAAAAAUAGGUUACUAUGAAAGUGUAAAUAUCAUCAACCCAGAGGAUGCUGCCAUCCUGUUCAAAGCAGAGGGACAUUAUCCUAAAAGGCUGAAAGUUGAAGCGUGGACAUUAUACAGAGACCACAGGAAUCGUAAAUAUGGAGUUUUACUAAAGAAUGGAGAAGACUGGAGAUCAAAUCGGGUAAUUCUCAACAAGGAGGUGAUCUCCCCGAAGAUGCUGGAAAACUUUGUGCCUUUGCUGGAUGAAGUGGGCCAGGAUUUUGUGGCCAGAAUACACAAAAAGAUAAACCGAAGUGGCCACAACAAAUGGACCACAGACCUCUCUCAAGAACUCUUUAAAUAUGCACUAGAAUCUGUGAGCUCAGUGCUGUAUGGUGAGCGUCUGGGUUUGAUGCUGGACUACAUUGAUCCUGAAGCUCAACAUUUCAUUGACUGUAUCACCCUCAUGUUCAAGACUACCUCACCCAUGCUGUACAUACCUCCUGCUCUACUCAGGCGGAUUGGGGCGAAAGUGUGGCGGGACCAUGUGGAGGCUUGGGAUGGCAUCUUCAACCAAGCGGACCGCUGCAUCCAGAACAUCUACAGGCAGUUACGUCAGGAGACUGGCAAUCAAAAGAAAUACCCAGGAGUCCUGGCCAGCCUGCUCAUGCUGGACAAGUUAUCCAUUGAAGAUAUCAAGGCCAGUGUCACUGAGCUAAUGGCUGGAGGAGUUGAUACGACUUCUAUCACCUUGCUGUGGACGUUGUAUGAACUGGCCAGACACCCCAACCUCCAGGAGGAGCUGAGGGCGGAGGUAGCUGCUGCCCGGGCUGAAAGCCAGGGAGACAUGCUGGAGAUGCUGAAGCGGAUUCCUUUAGUUAAAGGAGCUCUGAAGGAAACACUAAGGUUACACCCAGUUGCAGUGAGCUUGCAAAGAUACAUAGCAGAAGAUAUCAUUAUUCAAAACUACCACAUUCCAGCUGGGACUCUGGUCCAGUUAGGACUGUAUGCAAUGGGAAGAGACCCCAAGGUGUUUUUCCGUCCGGAGCAAUAUCAGCCCUCCCGCUGGCUGAGGACAGAGACCCAGUACUUCAGGAGCCUCGGCUUCGGCUUUGGCCCACGCCAGUGUUUAGGACGCAGAAUAGCUGAGACGGAGAUGCAAAUCUUCCUUAUCCAUAUGCUUGAGAACUUCAGAGUGGAGAAGCAGCGCCAUGUGGAAGUACAGAGUACCUUUGAGCUCAUUCUCUUACCAGAAAAGCCCAUAAUAUUGACUUUGAAGCCCUUACACAGUAGUCGGUAACACCAAGUAUGCAACAUGAUGAAUGAUUAGUCAGACUCAUUUUUAUAGCCCCUAAUCACAGUUAUAUGCCAAGGGCUCAAAUCACUACAAUAUAAACACAAAAGAAAAUCUUCAAACAUUAGACACUGAUGAGAAACAAAAAAAGGCAAAAAUGUGCAUUAACAAAUUACCUGAGUAAUUCCAUAAUAACUGAACAGAGUAAUUAUAUGGACUGUAUAUUACUUCAUGAGUAAUGAUGAACACGUGUAGUCUAUGUGUGUGUACAAUAUAUUGAAAAAAUGUACAGAAUCUUUAUUCCUUGUGUACAUGGCAAAGUAUUUUAACGUUACUUAUCUAUGUAAAACAGUGAUGAAUAAAACAAUGCAACUGAUACAAAAUA